AAACAAAGUAGCUCACACAUCCGAAGUUCAGUUGUGGUGAGAUUUGUGGACACUGGAGGCUGUAGCUGGUGUGUCUGUACAUUCCGGGAUAGGUUCAUCUCUGAACUACAGAAUCUAGUCUUUUGAAAUCAGGAUGCCUACACCCAAGGAAAUUGCUUUCGGGGCGUUGGCCGGGACAGCAACAACAGGACUGUUGGCAUGGAGGACGUUGUUUCCUUACUUGGCCGACGACAUUGCGACAAUCAGAAGAGUAAGACGAAUACCCAAACUUGUAGUGGAGAGAGUAUUGUCAGGAAAAUUUCUAGUGGAUAUAUUUGAAGACCACGUGGCCAGGGACCCAAAGAAAACCUUCAUUAUCCACGAGGACAAAAUGUACAGCUACGAGUUCGUGAACGACAUGGCUAACAGGGUGGCAAACCUGGCCUUGACCUGGAACCUCGCUCCCAAUGCCACUGUAGCCACUAUGAUCUAUAAUGAAGCAGCUUUCGUAUGGACCUUAUUAGGCUUGCUGAAAGUCGGGCUGUCCGACGCAUUCAUCAACUAUCAUCUGACAGCGAAACCACUGUUGCACUCUCUUAAUGUUAGUGACGCCAAAGUCAUCAUCAUCGGGGCCGGUGAUGAGUUGUUGGAGUCGUUUAUGGAGAUCAGAGAGGGGCUGCCAGCCGUACCUGUAUACGUUCAGGGAAAGGCCCAGGGAAGUCUACCCCCAGACAUACUUUCAUUUGACGACGCCAUCUUACGCACACUGCCAGUUAACGUCUGUAAAUCCGCCAGAUCACACGUGAAUUUGACAUCACCGAUGUGCUUUAUAUAUACAUCUGGAACAACAGGACUUCCAAAACCAGCGAUCAUCAAUCAUGCCAAAUCCAUUGGGACGUCAGUGACCUACGCUCUGUUUGAUUUCAGCCCCAGUGACGUAAUGUAUGUCGUCACACCUCUGUACCACAGCGCCGCCACGUUACUCUGCCUCUUCAACGUGUUUAACACAGGAGCUACAAUGGUGUUGCGUAAAAAGUUUUCUGCCAGCAACUUCUUUGAGGACUGUCGCCGGUACGACGUGACCAUCAUACAAUACAUUGGAGAGCUCUGCCGGUAUCUUCUGGCGCUUCCGGAGGCUCCUCUCGACUCCGUCCAUAAGAUCCGAGUUGCCUUCGGAAAUGGUCUCAGACAGGACAUCUGGACAGAGUUUCAGAAACGCUUCAACAUUCCUUGGAUCAUGGAAUUUUUUGGUGCUACGGAAGGAACUGGGGCUUUACUGAAUAUUACCAACAAGGUCGGGGCCUGUGGACGACUGUCACCCUUCAUGCGAUGGGCAAAUAAAGACCAGUUCAAAGGCACCCAUAUCAUACGGUAUGACCCAAUUGAGGACAACCCGAUCCGGGACAAAGCAGGCCACUGCAUCGAAAUCCAACCAGGUGAGCAGGGCCUGCUCGUAACCCCAAUACCAGAAACAUACACUGGGUUCUAUAAGGGUGACGAAAAACUUAGCGAGAAGAAAAUUCUAAGAAAUGUGUUCGAAGACGGUGACAAAUACUUCAACUUUGGAGAUCUUCUUUACAUGGACAAGGACUACUAUAUCUACUUCAGGGACCGUGUCGGGGACACUUUCAGGUGGAAAGGCGAAAAUGUAUCGACCCGAGAGGUUUGCGACGUCAUUAGCACUCUCGACUUCGUUCAAGACGUCAACGUGUACGGGGUACAAAUACCAGGUACGGAAGGAAGAGCUGGGAUGGCUGCUAUAUCUGUGAAAGACAAUAAAGACGUUACUCCCGCUAUGCUGCAGUCAUUGUACAGGGUAUGCCAGAAAGACUUACCUAGUUACGCCCGGCCAAUAUUCAUACGAUUCCAGAAGACCUUUAUCGUGACGCAGACGAUGAAACACCGGAAACUCGAGCUGGUAGAAGAAGGGUUUGAUGUUGACAUGAUCAAGGAUCCAAUGUAUUACAUAGACAAUGAUAAGAAGACGUAUUCCCGUCUAACUCAAUCUUCAAAGGAAAGAAUACUUCAUUCCAGACUAUAAUAUUUUACUGUUUAUUUGUAUCUCAGAUUUUAUUUGAUUUAAAUCGCUUAGUAAUCAAAACUUUUUUUUACAUAUAUACCAAAGAAAAUAUAUAGAUCCGAUAUGAAGAAUGAACUAGUGUUGACGGAGUGGACCUUCAGUUGUACUUUGGUCAGAAGUAUGUUUCUGAUCUUGUAUUUUCAAGAGAAACAUUAUAAACGGUAAUUUUAUUAUAUUUACCAGUGAAUUAUGAGAAAAUUAUCAACUUAAUAAAAAGUUAUAUCAUUACUGCUUAAAA